UCAGUUGACGUCAUCAAACAAGUUUUGCCCUGGUGUUGUUGCCCCUGUUGCUGUAGAAAUCUGGUUUGAGUAGGAGGCAAGGAUUCCCUUCAAUCAUUUUUGAAGAUCAUUCUAUUUCUCAUAUCAAAACUGACAAGCGCUGUGGGCAUUGUCCUCUGCAUCUAAUACGGACACAGGCAACAGUAACAGACACCAUAACAGGCAUUUAAGACUCCACAUUUCCGGAUAGGAAAGAUCAAAGUUCAUUGCCAGCCAGCCCGUCCUUUUUAGACUGUAUGCCCUUAGAUAACCCUACAUAGCCUACAUAGUUACAUACUUAGUAGCAGUCCUUCCUAUUCGGAAGUUACCGUUUAAUUUGACGUAGGCUACUAACAGUGGGGAACUUAAACAAGAGAGUUGGAAGGACGGCUGAUCUGUCGCUAUGCCAACACCUGUGGAUGUGAUUGUGGUUGGAGCUGGCAAUCGUGGGGAGACAUACUCCAGUUAUGCCUCCUUUCACCCCCUUAGGAUGCGGGUAGUUGGUGUGGUGGAUCCAAGGCUGUUUGCCCGACGUAAAUUGCAAGAAAAACAUCAAAUACCUGAUGAAAAUGUAUUUGAUGAUUGGAGAUCCAUUGUAGAGAGAGACAAGUUUGCAGAUGCUAUAUUCAUCUGUACCCCUGACCGACUUCAUAAGGAUCCAGCUGUUGCACUAUCCAGAAAAGGCUAUCAUAUCCUACUGGAGAAACCCAUGGCUGUGACAGAAAAGGACUGUACAGAAAUUGUGGAAGCUUGCAAUCAUGCUGGUGUAAUGCUCACAGUAUGCCAUGUUCUCCGAUAUGACCCUCUCAUCCACAAAAUAAAGGUGCUGUUAGACAGCGGAGUUGUCGGGGAUGUGAUCCAUAUACAACACCUGGGGCCAGUGGGCUUCUAUCAUUUUGCUCAUUCCUUUGUCAGAGGGAACUGGAGGAACAAGGAGCAGAGCUCAUUUUCCCUUUUGGCCAAAAGCUGCCAUGACUUGGACCUCAUCCAUCACUGGGCCAGUGGCCGCAGGUGUAUAAAAGUUUCAUCAUUUGGGUCUCUGAGUCACUUCCGCAAAGAAAACAAGCCUGCUGGAGCUGCAGAUCGCUGCUUAGACUGUCCUGUCGAAACAAACUGUCCAUACUCAGCUCGCAAAAUCUACCUUGACGCAGUGAAAAAGGGAUGUGUGGGCUGGCCUGUGUCAGUCAUCUGUUCCAACUCCCUUCCUGACAUUGAGUCCGUGACGGUUGCUCUGCGCUCUGGGCCUUACGGUCGGUGUGUGUACGAGUGUGACAAUGACGUCUGUUCCAAUCAGGUUGUAAACAUGGAGUUUGAAGGAGGGCUCACUGCUGCGUUUACCAUGGUAGCUUUCACAGAAGAGCUCUGUCAGCGUAAAACAACUAUUUAUGGAAGCAGGGGGGAGCUCCACUACAACAGCCACGAUAUCAGCGUGUUUGACUUUCUCACACAGAGGUCCACUAAGUAUUCGGCGGAUUUGAAAGCCCCUGGGAGCUUUGCUAUGAAAGGUCAUGGCGUGGCAGAUUAUCACCUUGUGGAUGCUUUCAUCUCGGCUGUGGCAAGUGAGGAUCCCUCCCUCAUCUGCUCUGGUCCGAGAGAGACCUUGGCGAGCCACAGGCUGGUGUUUCAAGCUGAGCGCUCACGACUGGAGAAUAGAGUGGUGUUCUGUGGUAAUGAACAGGGUGCAAAGACCCAGAAAUGAGGAAUUUCAAACAGGAUGGAUGGUUCUUAGGGAGGGUUUUCAUGGCCGAAUAGGGAAUUUCAGCGAAUUUCAGAAAUCGGGUUUACAUCUGUGAUUCAGUGCUAUGAUUGAUAAAAUGUCUUUUUAUCCUAUUAAUGUUAUUAUGUUAUAUGAUUGUAUUUGUAUUUUGCAAACUGUUAAAACCUGAGCUGCACAAAUGUAUACUUUUGAAAAAACUGUAUACCUCACUCAGUGAUUUAUACAAACCACUGUGAUCAAUUUACAUUGUGUGACAAAAUACAUUGAUGUUUAGUUAACAUUUGAUUGUGUGAAAAUGACUGUCUAAAGUGACUUUUAUAUUUUUAUUGUGAAAAAAUUAACACAAAUAAAAUAGAUUGUAGAUUAUGUUCACAGUUCACAGAAUCAGCACAAAUGAUGUUUCAGGUGUUCACAGUACACUGUGCCACUGCCAUCAUGUUUAUAAAAACAUAUAAUGCGACAGAUGUUAAAUAAAAUCCAAUAUUUUAAAAUCUA